GAGAGCCGGCUCUGGUAAAGUGCAGCCGGCUCUGGUGAAAUGGAAUGCAGAAAGCCGGCUCUGGAAGCUGCAGCCGGCUCUACAGGCAAAAAAUUUGAAGACCGUUGUUUGGCGCGCGCGGAGAAAAGGCGCAAAGCCGGCUCUGGCUUUGUAGCCGGCUGUGAGGAUGCAUUUAAUGCACAACGGUCGAGUCAUUUGAAGAUUAUUAAUGUAUUUAAAGUCAGAAUUGCAAAGCCGGCUCAAAGUUUUGCAGCCGGCUCCCGAGAAAAACAGAAUGGUCUGCAGACCCGGAUAGCCGGCUCUGGAAAUGUAAGCCGGCUCUGCAGAGCCGGCUCUAAUAUGUUAAGCCGGCUCUCCUGACAAUUCUGCAGCUCGAGCUUUGUGUCCUGCAGAGCAUUUAAUGACCCCCAACGGCUAGAAACGGCUAUUUUCAAGCAAUGGGCUAUAAAUAUGGUUGGUAACAGAUCUGAAGAAGGUUGGAGAACAUUGCAUUGAAUAUCUUUACCUACCCACUAGAGCUUUAACUUGAGUUUUUGAUCUUUGAGUGAUCAUUGCUUGUAAUCCUCUUCUUGUGCUAUUAGUGAGUAAUCUUGAGGGUGUGUUGAUUCCUUCAAGAGUGAUCUAUUGAGAGGAUUUGUGGGGCUUACAUUGUAAAUGGGUGAGGUUUGAGAGAAAUACUCAUCUUGUUGUAAAAGGAUUGAGUGGCUCCUUUAAGCCACCCUUGUUGUUGUUAGUGGAGAGUGUGGAGGAAAUCCUUGGGGAGAAUUUUUGGAACUCCAAUUCACCCCCCUCUUGGAGUACAUUGAGUCAACAGCAGCUUCAUCAUAUUUUUUGUGAGUGUAAAGGGGUUUGGUUAGUAUGGACGAAGGUUUUGGGAUGGUGGGGUUUGCAAAGUGUCUUGCCAAACGAUAUCUUCGGUUUGGUGGAGUUGGCGGUGUAUGGCAUAAGUAGGGGACGUCUGAAGGAUUUAGGGGCUCUCAUUUUUUUGGUUACCACUUGGUUUGUCUAGUAUUGGAGGAAUUCGAAAGUGUUUGGGACAGAUGUGAUGUCUAACGUGUAGUUAUUGGAGUUUAUUCACACUAAAUCUUUUCUAUGGCUUAAAAAUAAGAAACUAAGUGAUGUGUUCUCUUACAUGGAUUGGAUAUCAAGGCCUAUGGACAAUACGGAAUCCAUUGUUCAACAUUGCAAAAUUUUAAAGAGUUAUAAGAAGCUGCAACAAGCUUUGCAAUAAAGGUGUGCAUGAAGAAUGAGGCUCGAUUAAGUGUGCUGGAUUCUUUUAUUGUUGGAAACAAUUGUUGGAGCUAAUUGAUAAGCUGCAACAAGUGGAAUGGUUUACAUUGUUUGGAAUUAGUUGUGGUUUUAUUUUUGUAAAUGGGCAAGAGUACCUAUUUCGCUCCAUAUAAUAAAAUUUUAUUUUUGCAAAUAAAAAAAAGUUAGGGAGAAAAGAAAUGCAUUGAGACUUUGAUUAUGAACCAAAAAGAAAACUCGAGAAUCAAGAAAGGAGAUUUUAUUCU